UCACCUGAAUUUGGGACUUGUAGCUUUCUUUCUCUAUAUCUUCUUCAAUGGAGAAACUAAGAACUUUGGUGAAUCAGAUAGCUCACACACAAUCUUCCAAAAGGCGAUCUACUCUCUCCCCUCUACAACUUUCUCUUAUCCCCUUCCUCUCCUUUGCUUCCUCUGUCUAUGGACAUGCUCUUUCCAUUCGCCAUUCGCUCUAUGACUUGGGUCUCUUUCGCCGCUACCGGUUGCCGGUUCCUGUAAUUAGCAUUGGAAAUCUGACAUGGGGUGGAAAUGGGAAGACACCCAUGGUUGAGUUCAUUUCUCAUUGGCUGGUUGAAUCUGGCGUAACACCGCUCAUUCUUACUAGGGGUUAUGCUAAUGGAGAUGAAGCUAAGAUGCUUGAGAGGCAUUUCUCCGGAACAUGUGUAAAGAUUGGUAUAGGUGCAAAUCGAGCUGCCACUGCUGCAAGUUUCAUUGAGAGACAUGGUUUUGUGGAUCCUUACAAAACUUCUCUUUUAAUGGGAUGUUCCCCAAAAGAUAGAGAUGUUCUAGAGUUGGACAGAGUAGGUAUGAUUGUUCUAGAUGAUGGGAUGCAGCACUUGAGCUUAGAGCGUGAUUUGGAGAUUGUAAUGGUAAAUGCAAUGAUCCCAUGGGGAAAUGGUAAACUAAUUCCUCUAGGACCUUUAAGAGAACCAUUGACUGCCAUCCGACGAGCUGAUGUUGCGGUUGUGCAUCAUGCUGACUUGGCAUCGGAACAAGAUAUUGAGUUCAUUGAGAAAAUGCUGCAAGGAUUGAAAGAAUCUCUCCCUGUUUUCUUCACAAAGAUGUCUCCUUGUUUUUUCUUCAUAGCAGGAAACACAAAAAGAAUAUUGCCUUUGAAUUCUCUUCAUCUAAAGGUUAUUCUAUGUGUUUCUGCAAUUGGUUUUGCAGAUGCUUUCAAGCUCACCAUUAAGAAAAUAGACCCAUUGCAUGUCGAUGAGCUAUACUUUAGUGACCACCAUUUAUUUGAGGCAGAGGAUAUCAGAGUGAUCAUAGAAAGACUCGAAAAUCUUCAUGCCCAGUUUCACUCGCCCCCGGUUGUAGUCGUCACUGAAAAGGAUUAUGACCGAGAACCAGGAAUUCUCCAGCAUCUACAUCCUUUUGAAGUGUUGGUUCUUUGCUCAGAACUGCAAUUUAUUUCAAGAAAGGGAAGCACCUCUGAGAAUUACAAGGCAUUGUUAAAACAACUUCUGAAAGCAAGAUUAUUGCAUCAAUAGAAGAUAUUAUGGCAUUAAAAGGGCAAGGAAGGGAACAUAGAGGGAGUUGUUUCCAAGAACAAGCACCAAAAUGAAAUGGUUAACCAAGUCGAAUCAAACCACCCCUGUUUUUCCCCUUGAGAUGGGAGCGGUCAAUUGCCUCUUACAAAGCAAUCCCGAUUCUUUCUGCCCCUCAACAAGCACCAAAAUGGGUAACCAAGUCGAAUCAAACCGCGCCUGAUUUCCCCCUUUUGAGACCGGGCAGUCAAAUUGCCUCUUUCAAAGCAAACCCAAUUCGUUCUGCCCCUCAUUUUUUGAGAAUCGGAAAUCCUUUUCCAAUUUGAAAUUGUUCAUUUGGAAUCACUUAGCUAUGAGUCUCGACAAAGUUUGAAUAAUUAAUGUUGUGAACUUGUGAUGUCUCUGAAACUGUUCAUUGAGCUAUUACAAUUCUUUAUACAUUCAUCUAUCUGUUUAAUCAAAUCAUCAACUUAUGAGUUAAGGAUCAAACGCUUCAUAAAGAUAAUACACACUAGUCUGAGUAGUCUCAUAGUUUCAAUAAUA